AUUAUACUUGGGCUAACUAAAAGGUACAUUAGGUUGUUCUUGUUGUUGUUGUAGCUACAUCGGUCUCUGCUUUGAACUUCUGAUUUAAUUGGAGAGAUCGAUGCAAAAUAGUGUAGAAUAUGCUAAAUCAUAUUAGCCUUAGCGCAUAUUUCUUUAAACCGGCACGUGAACUCGAAUUCUAAGGCGUAUUAUGUUCGCUUAUAAUACCCAUGUUUCUUCAAGGUAACAAAUGACUCAAAUUUGAACCUGCCGUUAAUACAGAAUUGAAGAUUUGUUUUCAAUUGAGUUGUUUCUCAAUGGAGGAUCUGGAAGCAAAUCUGGAGGGUGAACUCGUGAAAUCGGACACAGAAUCAGAAGAAUCAAGCUGGACCGAUGCACUCUCCCUCGAGCUGCAGAGCCAGAAGUCAAACUCGUCUCUGAGGCCCAAUGCGCCAGUGUUUCAGCCACAGCAGCCGCUGCCGAACCCAGUAGUGCUACAUCAAACCAUAGUCAUCGAGCAGAUGACUCUGACAGGCGAAGAAGACCCACUUAAUAAUGUCUGUGACAGAGAGCAAUCUUUAGAUGGUUUUGGUGAUGUUUGCAACGAUAUUGAAGAGCAUCACUUAGAUCCACCGAAUCAGAUGAGCCAGGUGAAUGCAAAUGAAAGGAACCAAGAGUCAAUUGGGACGGACGGCCAUAGUGCGCAUCAGAUUACUCUCCAGGAACCGACCGGAAGCGAGGAAAGGCCGAGGCUGGGAUCCGACGGGAGCAAAGAGGAUGAGACCCGACUUGUAAUGUACUCUGAGUCAUCGCAAGAGGACGAAGGCGCCAUGCCAAUUUCAAGAGGAACCAAUACCGAAGUAUGUGGCAACGAACAUCUGAAAAAGUGCUUGAGUCAUUUGAGUGCAUUCAAAUUUGAAAUAGACGCGUUGAAAAAAGAGCGAGACUGUCUGGUGCGAAUAAUUGUGGAGGCCCACGCCUCGUCUAAAGGGAAAACAGUAGCUGCCUGUCUGAAGGAACUCAGAGCCUUAGAAGAGGAAACUCGCAAUUUGAAGAAGGAGAAAAACCGCUUGAAUACGCUACUCGCCACCAAAAGCGCCACCGCCGCAGACGAAAUGCCCAAACCCAGAAGCUCCAUAGAUCAAAGGGAUGUAAACAUCAUUAAGUGGACUAUUGUGUACAAAGAAUAUGAGCUUCAGUUGAGUGAGAUUCGCAAAUACUUGGCACAAUUAUUUGUGCUAGAAUCGAAUAAGUUUACCAUUUUUUCUUCCAAGCUCGAAAGUCUCCAAGCAGAGCUCACAAAAAACCGAAAAGCAUUGGUAACUUUUGAGAGCAACGAUUUGCGAAAAGACGAUUUUUCGCCUCCUUUUGGUUCCAUUCGCGCUGAUAUUUCAAAACUAAGAGAGCAGAUUUUUGAAGAACUGAAGUCUCAGGCCGAGAAGAAUGACUCGAGCUUAAUUUCUCCGCCUUUUUCAAGUGACAAAUCGUAUUCGGGCACUGCAACUGCUGUCGUAUCGAGCAAAAGCGAAGACUUCUCAGACGAAGAGGAGGAGGAAGUCACCGUCCCCCUAUGGCAAUUUUCAGCGCCUGGGUCCAAGUUUAAAACAAACAGUGUUGCGGCAGCUCCUAUGAAACCAUUUCAUCCGAACAGUUCUGACAGAAGUCAACUCGAUGGGAAGAGUCCGGGUAGUCAGUCUCAUGUUGACAGCGAUGUUGCCAGCAGACCACUUCAAGCGGCGACAUCCGCCUCAGCUGCCAGCCUACAAUCGGCAGACGCAUCAGAAAGUGGGAAAAACCCAGCCAAUGAGAGUUCAAACACUUCAAACUCAAGUCAAACUGCGAGAGUAGCUGCAGUGGCUGGAAACAAAGGAAGUAUCGGGGCUAAAGUGUUCGGAAAGCUGAAGGAAAGGUACUACUGGAAGAGCAACGAAGAGAUCACCAAUUUGAUUAGGUUCACAGGCACUACACUGAUGAAAGAAGGCGUCAAGUUGCCCGAAAUGUCUCAGCAGCAGUUCCUGGAUAAGGCUAUUAAAGAGUGUGCCGCCAAGUUGAAUUUCUAAGUCCAAUUUCUCCAACAAAAAUCAUGCCUAAUGUAAAGUUGUGGAAAAUGAAGUCGUUGUUUUUGAAAAGUCUUGUCGGGUUUAAAAAGACGUUAUUUAUUUAGACUUAGUUUAUUUCAAAGUUGAAUAUGAAAUUUGAGUUCAAAACACAAAUUGUUGCUUGUUUAUUUAUUUGUCUAGCAGUAUUGCGAGGUAAUUGAAUCUAUACUUUUCUG